GAAGUUGGAAGUGGAAGAGAAGAAGCAGUGAAGACCACUUCAACUUCAACCAAUCAAUCUCUUUUCUUAUAAAAUAUUAAUAAUUAAUUACUGACAAAACAUUGCUUCCUCUGCAGACAACGGUAGUAGACAGUAGUAGUAGUGGUCAUUCCAAAAGUAAUUAAUAAUUAAUUAAUUUAUAUAAAAACACCCGCCUUUUCUUUAUUCCUAUUUUCCUUUUAUUUAAAAUAUUUUAUUUUCUGUAUCUAUGCAAUUUAUUUAUGGUGUGCUUUUUAGUUUUUAAUUUUAUUUUCCUUACAAAUAAUUAAUAAUCCCUAUUCUCGGAAAACCCAAAAAUUAUAUCCUUUCCUUCCCUUUAUUUAUCUACCUUUCUUCUCAUUUUCAAUUAGGGUUUGGGUUUUGAGCUUUUCCAUUCCUUAUCUUCCUUCAUUCCCUACCCCCACAAAUCUUAAUAUUUCCCGAUCUACUCGCACAAGCCGUUGUCUUCAGUAGAUUUUCAAAAAUACAAAAGUAGCCGUUGGAUCUUCCCCUUCGAGAACCGUUGGAUUUGUUUUUUUUUUAUUGUUACUAAUUUGGCUUUCCCUCUAAGUUUGACUUGAAAUGUCAACGGUCGAAGUGGAGAAGAAGGUUGAGAAAGAGGCAGAGAAGGGUGGAGAGCUUUUAUUCUGCGGCGGUACGUCAUGGGACACGGUUGGUCGGAAAAAGGGACCUGUUGAAGGCAAUUUGGUCUCUCCUACUCGACUUCGACCUCUCCUCAAUGUCAACAUCCGUUUUGUUGCCUCUGGUUGUGCAUCUUGUCAUUGUGUGGCGUUGGAUGUUGAAGGGCGUUGCUAUACUUGGGGACGCAAUGAGAAAGGGCAACUGGGCCAUGGUGAUAAGAUCCAGCGUGAUAGACCAACUGUGGUGUCUGAACUAUCAAAGUACAAAAUCGUUCAAGCUUCAGCAGGGAGGAGUCACACAGUUGUAGUUACUGACGAUGGACAGUCCCUAGCCUUUGGCUGGAACAAGCAUGGGCAGCUGGGAACAGGUUCUGUUAGAAAUGAAUUUGAAUCAUCUCCAGUUCGUUGUCAAGUGUCUGAUGUGAAAAGUACUGCAUGUGGGGCUGAUUUCACCGUUUGGUUAUCUUCGGUUGAAGGAGCUUCUAUACUGACUGCGGGCCUUCCACAGUAUGGGCAACUUGGGCAUGGGACUGACAAUGAGUACAAUACUAAAGAUAGCUCAGUGAAGCUUGCUUAUGAAGCCCAACCUCGCCCUAAACCAAUAGCUUCGCUUUCUGGUGAAACCAUCAUUAAGGUUGCAUGUGGAACAAACCAUACAGUCGCUGUGGAUGCAAAUGGUCACGUUUACACGUGGGGAUAUGGUGGUUACGGAAGACUUGGACAUCGAGAACAGAAGGAUGAGUGGGCGCCUCGCCGUGUAGACACGUUCCAGAGGCAAAAUGUUUUACCUCCUGAUGCAAUUAUAUCUGCCGGUUCCGUUAAUUGUGCAUGCACUGCUGCUGGAGGCCAAUUAUAUAUGUGGGGAAAAUUAAAGACUACAGGCGAUGAUUGGAUGUAUCCUAAACCACUCAUGGAUCUAAGUGGCUGGAAUUUACGUUGCAUGGAUUCUGGUAAUAUGCACCACUUUGUUGGAGCUGAUCAUUCCUGCAUAAGUUGGGGUCAUGCUCAGAACGGAGAGCUGGGAUAUGGUCCCAUGGGUCAGAAAUCUUCUGCAGUGCCAAAAAAGGUGGACAUUCUUGAGGGUAUGCAUGUUAUCAGUGUUGCAUGUGGUUUGAGUCACUCAAUGGUUGUAGUUGAUAGAACAAAUGUUGCCGACCAACUAUCGCAGCUUGAUAUAUAUGAUGGCAAGGCUUUUGGUGAAGCAGGGAUUGAAGAACCUCCAACCCAAACUAUAGCUGCAAAGCCAGCUGCAAAAAAGAAGAGUGCAGGCAAGGCAUCUGAGAGCGCCAAGAAGAGGAAGAAUGCAAAAGAAUCAUCUGACGAAGAUGAGGAAGACGACGACGAUGGUAGUGAUGAUGAUGAAGACAGUGAUAACAGUGAUGGCUUAGUCAAUGGCUAUAGUCAUAAAGGAAAACGGGGUGGGAAGGUUUCUGGGGGAGGUCGAGGUGCUCAAAAAGCACCAGCGACUGCAGGAGAAAAGCGAGGCCGAGGCCGUCCUCCUUCAGCAGACAAAAGCUCUAAAGCAGCACCUGCAGCUCAGGGGAAAACUGGAACUGGCAAAAGAGGAAGGCCACGCAGAUCAUAAUAAGUUAUAAGUUUUUCUAACAGGCCAUUUUUAAAAUUUUGCACUCUCAGUGUAGAGAUUAUUGAUCAACCGCUAUUGUAUUAGAACUUAAAACCGUACGUUUAAUUUUUUUUAAAUUUUCUGAUAUUUUUCAAUUUAUUUCCUCGAGAUUGUUUCCUUAGAUACUUUUUGAUUUGAUCUUAUUUAACUUAGAGCACUGAAAAACCAAAAUACGUUUAAACAAAAACCGAAAUAAGAUGAGUUGAAUUAAGUACCA